AUGGCUGAUGAUAUUACUCCAAAUGACAGAAAGCUUGUAAAUGCUUUGCUCUCACAGAGGAAUCAGGAGAGUACAUUCUUGGGCAUCGCUGAUAAGAUUAGCAAGAAGAAGAACAAGAAGCCAAGCAAGAGAAUCAUUUUGAUCACAAAGCAUCGUGUCAUAUUCCUCAAGCCAGGCAUCCCCAAAGUGAAGAAGGAGGCACAUCUCCUCGAUCUCACUGAAGUCAAGAGUUCAAACUCACAAGAGGUGAUAUUCAUUACAAAGACGUUCGGUUAUGGAUUGAUCCAUCCAAAGGCUGAUGAUAUCAUCAAUGCUCUACGUCUUACAUACAGUCUGACAUUUGCUGGAUGUCCUGAUGACUCAUGCUUCAAGCUGGACGUCAAGCCACCCUCUAGAUUGACGGACGUCCCCACCAAGGACUUGCCAUGUGGAGGCUUCGUUGAGACUUACUCAUCACUAUGCAACUACUUCAACAUCCCAACACGUGACGACAUCUGUUGGGACAUGGCCAACAUUGUCUCGAGCAGGAACAUCAAGGCCUUCAACUUCAACGAGAUUGAGCAACCAAUCUCACCAGGCGACAUCAAGGCUCUACUAGGUGCACUCAAGUGGAACACCUACUUCAAGAGUCUCGUCUUCAAUGGUAUUCAAUUGGGAAAGGAUCAGUUGACUUCGUUGGCAGAGACAUUGAAGACCAACUCGACGAUUGAGGACUUGUCCUUGAACAAUGUGGGCAUCAAGGGCGAUACUUUGCCAAUCAUCGCAAUGACACUGCAGUCCAACAAGAACAUUGGACUCACUUCAAUCGACUUGUCCAACAACCCGUUUGAGGACAAGGGCAUGGCCGCGUUUGCCAACUACAUUGGAGCAUCGCCCAGAGGCAUUGCAUCGCUGAACUUUGCCAACUGUGCAAUGGGCAAGGCUGGCAUCGUCGCGCUCACCAAUGCGCUCAAGAAGAACGUCAAGAUGGGCAUGACACUCUCCUAUCUCGACCUCUCAAACAACAAGAUGGACUCGGAUGGCAGUGCGUCCCUGUCUGCCUUCCUCGCCAGUCCCAAUUCGCUGCGCACCCUCAACAUUGCAAACACAAUCCCCAACAUGGAGACGAUCGUCGGUGCGCUCGUUCGUGGCUGUCUAGAGCUACGUCAUCUGGACAUCUCUGACAACCGUCUGACCAAGAAGGAGGUCGUCCAUCUCGUUAGAUUCAUCGGUUCUUCCUCGCUCCUCAAGACAAUCAACAUCAACAACACCAAGAUUCCAGUUGAGAACCUCAAGGAGGUGAUCAUGGCCAUCUCAUCCAACCUCUAUGUCCAAGACGUAAUCUUUGAGUCAAGGAACAACGACCUGGGCAUUGCAGGCGCACGCAUGUUGGCAUCUUUGGCAGACAAGAUACCAAACAUCCACACCCUGGACCUUGCCGAGAAUGACUUUGGUGAUGAGGGAGUGUCAGUGAUCUGUGACGGCUUCAUUCAGAACAACUCUGUAAAGAAGCUGUCGUUGAAUGGAAACUUCAAGGUCUCCAAGACCAAGUCGAGAGCGGCCGCCAUCGAGUCGGUGAUCAGUCUGGUCGAGGCUGCCACGCCACUCGAGGCCCUGCACAUGACCAACGGUCUGAGCAAGUCGCAGCUCAAGAACGACAUUCUGCCCUUUAUCUAUGCACUGGCGACCAAUGACUCGUUGACUGAGCUGGACAUCACAGGUCAUCAAAUGGGCAACAAGGGUGCCAUCGCCCUAGGCAAGGCCCUGCAGACCAACAAGGCACUAGUCUCGCUCGUUUGGGAUGAGAACCUUACGAGUGUCGCGGGAUUCGCCGGUCUGGCCGUCGGUCUCGAGCGCAACCUCACUCUGAAGAACAUGAACAAGCCUUUGAUCGAUAUCAUGAAGGCAUACAACGAGAACCCACAAAGACUGACCAAUCUCAUCAGAGACAUUGACAACUACAUCAACCGCAACCAGAGCCCUCUGCGUACCUUUGAGAACAACGCUGGCGCUGCCAUUGGUGGCACAAACUUGUCCUUCCUGGCCAGUGGCCAGCAGCAAAACAUCGAGAAGCUGCUCAACAAGAUCAAGUCGGUGGGUCGCAAGGCCACCGACCCCGAUCACAUGGUCGUCAUCAAGGAUGCAGAGAACACCGAGAAGGUCAUUGGAGGCUUGCAUCUCGUUAAGGAGGCCGUGCACGCCAGUCUCGAGGUGGAGCUUAAUCAGAAGCUCAAGGAGUUUGUCAACGUAGCACUCGACGUUGUCAAUCAGAAGAAGAAGGAGAUGAUGCAACAGAUCGUACACACCAUGGAGACCACGUUCAAGUCAUUCGACCAGCAGACCUACAAGCGUUUGGCCACAGGUAUUCAGUUUGGCUCGAAGGACAUUGACGAGUCGCACGUGGAGGACACUCUGAUCAAGGGUGCCGGUGCAGAGCUGAGCAACCGUGUGCACGAGUGCUUCCUCUCGUCGCUGGACAUUGCCUCGGACUACACCUACGAGAAGAUUGGCAACGGUCUCGAGUCUGUGUUCCAGGAUCUGAUUCGCGAGGAGGAGAUGAGCCACAGAGAGAACAACUCGGCCGAAAUUCCACCAUCGCCCGAGACACCACCAGCAAGAUCAACCCCAGCGCCAGCUGUGUCGCCCGUCACACCAGAGAAGAUUCAGCCAUCGGCACCAAAGGAGGAGGUCAAGCCAGUGUCUGUGCCUGAGCCAACCACACCAAAGGAGGUCAAGCCAGUGUCUGCGCCAGUCUCCACACCCCCAGCAGCCAAACCACCUCCCGUCCCACCCGCAAGAAGUGGUGAUGCUGCUCCAAAGACACCAGAGGUCACCAGCACAACACCAACACAACCUCCAGUACCAAUGUUCAAGCCUGGCAUCAAGGUGAGCGCCAACCCAGCUCUGGCCGCAGCGAUUGCCAGAGGUGUAGGAGGCCAACCACCCUUGAUGCGCAAGCCAGUCGCGCAGGAGCCAGAGGCCACUCCUGAGCCAGUGUCCAAGCCAGAGCCAACGCCACAACCCUCGGCCAAGCCCAAGCCCGCCGCCCCACCCAGAGUUGCCCAACCAGCUACACCAACCAAAACCUCAGCGCCAUCAUCCUCCAAAGACCAGCCCAAGCGUUCAUCAGGCGGUGUUGCAGGCGAUAUCACGGCAGUGCCCGAAACUGACACUGAGCAACUGACACACAUUACCAAGGCCAGGCCUCAGAUGCAGCACAAGAGGAAGCCACCCACCAGAAGACCAAGGCCUCCAACUGAGUAA